UUCAGCAGAGCAGCUCGGCGGCGGCGACGUGACGUCACGCCUCGCCGGAACGAAACCAGCCCGGCUCGGGCUCCGUUUGGAAAUUCACCCGGUUUGUCCCGCUCUCACCGACGCCAGACGCCCGGCGGCCGCCUUCGUCGCGUCUCUCCCGGCCAGGAAGGACAACGAUCCCGUCGUCCCCCGCGACGCCAUUUCCGCAUUUUCACGCCAGAUGCUCCUUGCUGACCGCAGCUCCUCGUCUUACCGAGCGGCGCCGUCGUCGUCGUCAGAUGUCCGCCCCCGCCAUGCCCACCCCGGUGUCCAGGUUGCCCAAGUUCGCCUCGUGGUCCAAAAGCUCCAGCCCGACGCCCGCCGCCGUCUCGCACGCCUUCCCCGCCGCCCGCCUCCCCAACGGCUUCUACCACCACCCGGGGCCCGCGGGGGGCAUCGGCGCCGCGAACGGACCGGCGAGACGGAUCGGGACCGUCCGCACGCCCGCUGAAUAUUCCGCAAAAUGGAGGAAAGACGCCGAAGUGACGGAUGGCGGCGGCCGAGUCGAUCGCAACGAAGGCGCCCACCGGAACGCUCGUCCGCACGUGUCCGCUGUGGCCCCGAAAACGGCGGACACGUCGCUUCCUGUUUGUAAAACUGAACUUCCUGUCCCUAAAACUGGACUUCCUGUCCCUAAAAACAGACUUCCCGUUUCCAAGUUGAGGCUAACCGGGUCCAAACAGAACCUUAAUGGACUUUCUGGAUCUAAACUGCGACCGCCCCAGUGGUCCACUCACUCGGGUCCCGCUUCGAGUUCCAGUCCCGGGUCUGGAUGCGGUUCUUCGCCGCCAGCCGCCCGCUCGCGCUCCACCGGCAACCUCGGAUCAGCGCCGCCCUCCCGGCUCGCCAAAGGCGACGGGCUCCGCCCACUUGGCCUGGCGGUCCGCAGACGCGCGUCCCCCGGCGCCCCCGCGUCUUCCCUCAGCGCCGAGCCGGGUCACGAGCGGUCCGGGACUUCCUGUGUCCGAGCCGGGCCCCUCGGCGUUCCGGACGGGGUGAAGAAGUCCCUCCUGCCGGCCCCCGAGGCUAACGGCGUCAGCUGUAAGCUAUCGCGGCCGUCGCUCGCCAAGAAAACCCGGACCGGCGAGGCGGAGGUGAGCCGAGCGAGACCCAAAACCGCAGCCGGAAGCAGUCCAGAGCGCUCCCCCGAGGCGCCGGAGCGGGUCGACGACCCUUCCGUCCCGGGGGAGACCCCGGAGGACGUGUCCCUGUCGUCCGGCUCGUCCGUGGACCGCAACCGCGCCGGUCGGGAGUACUUGGACGUCUUCGACGACCCGGUCGGACGGCACCGAAGCCCCUCCGCCCCUCCUCACGGGCCUUCUCGUCUCCUAGGAAACGGAGGCGCCGGCGUUUUCCUCCUCGCCGAGACCGGCGAAGACGACUCGGGCCCGGACCGAUCGGGCGCCGCCUUCUGUGACCGCCGGGGGGCGGGGAAUGGCGUUACCGUGGCGACGGAGCUCCACUUCCUGGACGACACUUUGGACUGGAGCGACGGUGACGACGGGCAGAACCAUCUGACCCGAUUGCGCCGUCGCAGCGGCUCCGGUGCGUCCGACUGCCACGAGCGGGACGGCUCGUCGCUGGACUUGUCCCCCUCGGACAGCUGCGGUUCCGGCGGCAUCUACAUGUGGGACGAGGAGGGUCUGGAGCCGCUGGGGGGCGCCGUCGUGCCGCGCGCGCCGGUGGAGUGCGGGCUGGUGGGCGCCUUCCGUUCUGACGUCACCGACAGCGACGCCCUCACCGACGUGGACUCUUGCGAUUUGGAUGACGACGACCUCAUGCUGGAUGGCGACUUUCCCGACGACGCGUCACCGAACGCCGCGAGUGUGGCUCACCCAGCAGACGGCGACGGGACGUCGCACGUGGCCGAGCGGCGGCGGAGGCGGCUCUGCCGGGGGACGCGGGACGUCCGCGGCGACGACAGGACCCCCGACGUGGACGUGGAGGACCUGGCCGAAGACUUGGGCGCCCUCCGGUCUCAGCUGGAAGUCCUGCGAAGGUUUCUGCAGGACGACGACACGGACGACGACGACACUCUGACCACCGACACGCUGAGUCCCGAAGAUGGCCACCGCUCACAGGUGGAGGCGCUCCUGCGGGAGGUGCAGCAGCUCAAAGAGGAUCUGAGGAGCAAAGAGCAGAUCAUCUCGCAGCUCACCCUCCAGCUGGCUGUCGCAGACGGGGAGCAAAAGACGCGGCGGCACACGCAGACCGGCGCGGCGCGGGUCGCGGGUGAGAGUGUCGCCUCGCAGACGCCCUGGAGGGAGCGCACGGCUUUCCCUCCCUCCGCCUUCCUCUCUCCGCCCUGGCAGUACCAACGCUCCAGACCUUACGGGGGGAGGCCCAAACCCAGCGUCCCCUGCCACCUCGCUCGGAAAAGAGUGGAAACGCUCGUGCUGUACUUCAGCGACACGCCCUGCCACCGGUACUUGCCCCCGCCCACCCGGACGAGCAGAACCCACUAGUUGACCUCCCCGGCAAAAAAAGAAGCUGCGCUCUCCCCGCGUCGCCUCCGCCUCUCCCCGUGUGAGAACGGCCGGCGGAGCCGAGCGCUUCCCAGCAUGCAACAGGAAGACGGCGGCGGCGCGCGGAUCCUCUCGACUUGAACUCUGCUGGAAGGAAGUUGAAUAUUUAAUAAGUUAACUUAUUUAUUGAGCACUGUGAUGACGUUUUAUUAGUGCGAGCGCUUCGUUUUCGCGGCUUUUGAAAUAUGCAACACGGAAUAAAAGACGCGCUGUCCCUUUAAGUGCUGCAAAAAACGAUCAUUUAUUCCAUGUACUAGUACACUCUUUGGACUUGCUAGUAACACAAUUCAGCACACGAAUAGGGCGACUGUCGUACUAGUAAUUUUUCCUCUCCUACUAAAUGACAUUUCUGCACACUAGUAGGCCAACUUUGGUAUACGAGUACUGCUACUCUGUGACUAGAGAGGCAAAACUGUGAAUUGGUUGACAUGAGGAAGCCGUUUGAGCAUUUAUUCCAUAUCAUUUUAAGGCCCACGUACUAGUGAGAAAAUUCAGUGGACUAGUAGAAUGAGUGUUUUGACCUCCUAGUACGCAGUUCAAUCUUACGAGUAAACUACUGUGCUGCACUAGUCACACUAUUAGGCCCAACGAGUAGGCGUAUGUCAUGCACGAGUAGCCUUUUUUUUUCCCAAGGAUUUCAAAUAAAUGCUCAAAAGGGCUUUCCAUGAAGUCAGGAGCAUUUAUUUGAUAUCCUCAAAACCCAUCUUGCGGUCCAUGUGCUAGUUUGCUCGUUGCCCUUCCUAGUAGGACAACUACGUACUAGUGAGGCAAGAUGGUGCACUACUUGACAUAUGUGCGCUAUUUGUACUCCUAGUGAAGCAACUCACUACAGUGGUAGAAUGUUGUCACUCGUAGUACGAGUAGUGCGGUUUUGACUCAUGAGGUGUCGUACUCGUAUGCCAACAUUGUCCUAUUAGUGUGCAGAAAUGACAGAACGUAGUGGAGAAGAAAAUGCUACUAGUUCUACGUGUGCUGAAUUGUCUCACCAGUCAGGAAAAAGAGUGUACUAGUACGAGGACCUCAAGGUGACGAUCAAGGAUAAUAAACGCUCAAACGGCUUUCCGCGCUCACGACGCAACUUUCGCGGAGUCUUCGUGGAUGAUGUCAUCACCGAUCAUCCUAUUUGGGUCGCGGCGCCCCCUGCUGCCUCAAAUAGGACGAACCACAAUGCGGCCCAAGCGAUCCUGAACUGGAUCAGCAGCAAGUCGUGGACAUUUCGCAAAUCACAAAUAAGAGAAGCACGAGUGGCUGCUACUUUACCACGUUUGAAGCAGCAACGCAUACAAACAACAAUACUCACGAAUAUCAAUUCUUUCUCUGUCCUCUGUGGGAGCAACAAAUAUUAAAAUGGCAAAACGUG